GAGACUGUUUGUAAUUCUAAAACCGGAAACGGAAUUCCCCAGACGUUUUCCUCUUUGUUGAUCAAACGGUUUGUUACACGGGCUUUAGACUUUCUUCUAUUAAUAAAACCUGGUUAGUAAUUCGGCUUCGUAUCAAGCCGAAUUUAUAAAAUAUAUGUUUUGUUCAUUCUUUGCAGAACAAAUAAAGGAAAAAGUUGAAAGAUGGCGUCUGAAACACCUGGAAGCAAACCCCCAACAAAAAGAAGAAGGAGACAAAAUGCUGCUGAUGCCGGUACAUCUGCAAGUGGCAGUAAUAAUACUUCUCAAACUGAUAAUCAAGAGAAAGAUGAAGAAACUGCGACCCCAAAUAAAAGAUCUUUAACCAGCGUUACAUCUUACAAAUGUCACAGUACAAGUAUUAAAAGAAUUCAAAAGGAACUCUCAGAUAUUACGUUGGAUCCUCCUCCAAAUUGCAGUGCAGCUCCAAAAGGGGAUAAUAUUUAUGAAUGGAUAUCAACUAUUAUUGGACCUCCUGGAUCUGUCUAUGAAGGUGGAGUUUUCUUUCUUGACAUUCAUUUUACUGCGGAAUAUCCCUUUAAACCACCAAAGGGUGUAAUAUGUUUAGAUAUACUAAAGGACAACUGGUCCCCUGCGCUUACUAUAAGUAAAGUCUUGCUAAGUAUAUGCUCUCUUCUGACGGACUGUAAUCCUGCUGACCCUCUGGUUGGUAGCAUAGCGACUCAGUAUCUUCAAAAUCGGGCUGAACACGAUCGGCAGGCUCGUCAUUGGGUUAGUAGAUAUGCUUCUGGAGUGAAUCAUAAGAAUGUACCAUUUGAUGGAACAGAACAAUUGGAGCAACUUGGAGCUGGUCGUUCAUCGGAUUAA